AUGCACUAUCCCAAGGCGAUUCUCGUUGCCGCAGCUGCACUCUUCGCCUCCGCUCUUGCGGAAGACGUCCAGAUCGCCUACACCAUUGGCGAUACCUACAUGACCCAAAACAUCCCUAUCGAUGUCUACACUCCCCUUACCCAAGCUGGCGAGAUGACCUCUCUCCAGAACAACGGACGCUGUCUGCUCUUCGUGAACGGCGCCUCCUCUCCGAUUGCGGACGUUAUGAAGGGAUCGCACAUCCUCAACCCCUCUAUGCAGGUCGGCGGUAUUGUCUGCCAUGACCCAUCUUCGUCUUAG